AUGGUUCGCCGGAUCGGCCGAGUCCGGUCCGACUCGGCCGAUCCGAAACCGGAACGAAGAAUUGUGGGGGAGGGGAAGAAGAAGUGGGAGGAUUCUGCGUUCGCGUCGGUGAAGAAAAUCGUGGGGGAGGGGAAGUUGUUCGCGUCUGAACGAAAUCGUGGGGGAGGGGGAAAGUUCUGCGUUCUGCGUUUUGGGUUCUGCGUUCUGGGUUCUGCGUUCUGGGGGAGGGGAAGAGUUCUGGGUUCUGCGUUCUGGGGGAGGGGAAGAAAGGAGGAAGAUGAUUCUGAUGAGGAAGAAGAUGAAGUUUUUGAAAUAAAUGAAGAUGAGAUAGAUGCUCUUGAAAGAAAACACUUAAAAAGAGCAAUGACUGAAAGCAGAAAUAUGGAAUUUAUGGAGCAGCAGCGUAGACAUUUUGUUUCCGGAGAUCUACCAAGCUUGAAUUUUAAAGCCGGAGGAAGCAGCUCGAAUACAAAAGGAAGUAAAAGAAAUUUUUUCGAAAGCUCUAUGAAAAAGACAGAAGGUUUGCAUCAAAAAAAACUUGAUCCAUACAUGUUUCAAUCGAAGAAUAAGUCUUUGAAAAAUAUGUUUUCAAAAGAUAAUGCAAAAAAAGUGGGUAGAGCAAUUUCGAAAAUUUUUCAUUUUAAUGCAAUACCAUUUCACGCUGCCGAUAGUGGUCCUUACUACCAAACGAUGAUUGACACGAUUGCAUCGGUUGGACCUGGAGUUAAAGGACCUACUGGUAAACAAAUUGGUGGUGAAUAUUUAAACGAGGAGAUGCAAGAAGUUGUACAGUAUGUUGAUUCUUUAAAGCAGAAAUGGAAAACAUACGGAUGUACAAUUAUGUGUGAUGGUUGGAGUACUCGUACAAAACAUCCAAUCAUAAAUUUUAUGGUGUACUGUGAUAGAGAUAUGAUAUAUCACAGUUCGGUUGAUUGUACAAAUAAGGCGAAGACUGCGGACUUUGUCUACACCCUAAUGGAUAAGGUGGUGGAAUCAGUAGGGGUUGACAAUAUUGUACAAAUUGUAACUGAUAGUGAAGCUAGUAUGAAGGCGGCUGGGAAAAAACUGAUGAGGAAAAGGAAGCACAUUUUUUGGUCUCCAUGCGCAGCGCAUUGCAUUGAUUUGAUGUUAGAAGACAUCGGAGAUAUAUUGUCAGUGAAAGAUACGAUAAAAGAAGCCAGAAGAAUUACAGGAUUUAUAUACAACAGUGAUAAAGUGGUUAAUUUGAUGAAAACAUAUACGAAUGGCCGAGAUCUGUUGCGACCAGGCAUAACAAGAUUUGCAACCGAGUUUGUUGCAAUGGAAAGUCUUAUGAGAUAUGCAACCGAUUUGAAAAGAAUGUGUACUUCUAGAGAAUGGGUUGAGUACAAUAAUACCUCGAGGAGAAGACAUGAAGCCGGAGAUAUAUCAGACUUGAUUUUGAAUGAAAGAUUUUGGAAACGGAUACGCCGAGUCUGUGGGGUCAUGGAACCCUUAGUGAAGGUUUUAAAAGUAGUUGAUCAAGAUAAAAAACCUACACUACCUAUCAUUUAUGAGGCAAUGGAUAGGGCAAAAAUGGCAAUAAAAACCGCGGUGAAAGAUUUUCAACAAUAUUGGGAUAUCAUCGAUGAAAGAUGGUAUAAUCAAUUGCAUCAAGAUUUGCAUGCAGCAGCUUAUUUUUUAAAUCCUGGUCUUCAAUACUCCGGCACUUGUGAAUUUGAUUCAUCGGAGGUUCGAAAAGGAGUAAAAGAAGUUAUCAAAAGACUCGAGCCAGAUUUGGAUAUACAAGUAAAGGCUAUGAAUGAGAUAAACAUAUUUGUUAACAAAAUUGGAGAGUUUGGAAGUGCACUUGCUAUUAGAACUGUAUCUACAUCUUUACCAGAUGAAUGGGUUAGAGAAAAUGAAUCUCCACUUAUUCGUGAUAGUGAUUUGAAUUGGUUGGAUGAGGCUAUUGAAGAAAGUGGAGAUCGAGGUCAAAAAGCUCAAAGAGAUUUUCUAAAUAGUUUAACAGAAUUUUCAAGUGAAGCCGAUGCUUCAAAUUUUUCAGAUACUAGGAGAUAUUCUGGAGUUCACGAACAUAUGCAAGACUUGAAUAUAGGUUAUUCCUAUGGAGAUUCUUCUCAUAGCUCGAGUAAUAGAUUGGGGAGACAGGAGUGGGACCAACCAAAUGCAUAUCAUAAUCCCUAUUACUCAGGAUACGGUUUAUCUAAUCUACCCAGACAUCUUCAGGAUUCAGCCAAUCUUCCUAUAUUUGGAUCCAACCAACCAGUUGGAACAUAUUACGGAGGGAUUACAUCUGGUUCGGGUAGUAUUGAUGAUCGUAGACAAAAUUAUGGUUCAUCAAGCAGAAGCAAUGAUAAUAGAGAAUAUCGAGGUUUUGAUGUAUAUGGAAGGGGUUCAUUCAGAGAAAAUCAAUAUGGUUCGAACAUCUCUCCUUAUCCAAGCAAUAUGAAUCCAGAACAAGGAUAUUCGUAA